AUGGUUGGCUCAAGUUACCCUUUGGAUGAUGUGUGUGUGGAGCGCUGCCUGAACAGAGUGCAGCUGAGCACACUGCACUCAAAGGAGCCUUUUUUCAACCCAAGAGAAAGUCAUCCGUUAGCUCGGACCCGGCUCCCUUCCCAAAAAAAACACCCCUUCCCCCCUCCCGCCGCUGACCCCCUGCUCCUUCCUGCCUGCUUCCCCUGGCUGCAGACCAAGUGCUUCAUGUGGCUGGACUGGGGCAGACGUGCCAAACUACGGCUCUAUUUGGAGCAGUUGAAGAAGCUGGUGCCUUUGGGUCCAGACAGCACGAGACACACCACGCUGAGCUUGCUGAAAAGGGCCAAGAUGCACAUCAAGAAGCUGGAAGAGCAAGACAGAAAGGCGCUAAACAUGAAGGAGCAGCUUCAGAGAGAGCACCGCUACCUCAAACGCCGCCUGGAGCAGCUCUCGGUGUCGGGGUCCGUGGAGCGCAUCCGCACUGACAGCAUGGGCUCCACAAUCUCCACCGACUCAGAGCAAGGUGCGUUGGGUUCAACGGGUAAAUCUUAA